AUGCGUGCAAAAUCACAUGUUACACGACAUGCUCGAAUGUACACUAUACAACUACUUGUGGUGAAGAUGGAUAAAGAAUUCGCACUUUCAAACUGUGAAGCGAAGCGGCAAGAACGUAUCGCGGUGCAUAAUGGCCGCACUUUAGCCGGCUCAGGUGACACGAGAGAAGUGAAUGAUUUGCACAAACAGCUAUCGCAAAAUUCAAUUCUUUUCCUAGAGAUUGUCGGUACUGUGCCACCCAUCAAUGGAGGCACGUACACCCAAAAGACAUUAAGUAUACAUCUUCAAUUCUUGCUGACACAAAUUGUCACAAAUCCCCACGCCCGACUAUUCCCACCUCGACUUCAUAGGCCGUCCUCGUCAACAUGCUGUUGA